AAAUACUCAUUACAAUUUGUAUAGCUCCUUUUACCAGUGGGUAAUCCGUAAUUUCCCUAAAUUUCUCAUUAUUGUGUUUUUGUGUUCCUGACCUAAUAACGUUUUUGUUGUGGUAAGCGGUUCGUUGACAUUUGUAUGUACAUUUUUUGGACAACUACUGAAAACCAAAACAUGGAUACCAAAAAAACAGUUGUGGAAAUCAAUUAAAACAUUUGUUGAGCGAACGCUGGCGGAAAAUGUCCUGGAAGGAAAAACUAAAAAUUGUACCAAAAAUUGUUUUCUAUAUUACAUUUGUGGGAAUUGCAAUGCCAAUGUAUUUAAAUAUCAGCACCGGAUUAUUGAAUAAUUUCCAAACAACAAAAAUCUCUUUUAAUUUGGAUACUCUGUUCUUAAAUUGGAAUACCUCAUUUCCGGCUGUGACCAUAUGCGAACUUUAUAAUGGUGAAAAAAUAUGGGAUUUGAGUGAGAAAUAUUUUGGUGUUGACCACGAUUUGCGGUUGGACGAUGUGGUUGGUGAAAUCGUUUAUUUCCAAGGCAGUUGCACAUCGUGUGAUGCAUGUGACAAUCAAAAUAUAACAUGUCCAAGGAAUUUUACAAGACUUCUAUCGAUGUUUCGCAGCAACUGUUCGGAAUUAAUAGGCAAUUGUAAAUACAACAACAAUUUUAUUGAAUGCUGUGACCAUUUUCAACCUCUGCGCACUGAAUAUGGACUAUGUUUUGCCUUUAACUCCAAUCAAGCUAAUAAAAUCGCCGAAACUCAAUACAUUAACAAUCGGGAAGUCGGUGCUGGGUUCUUGACAUUUGAGGUAACAGCCGAUAUACAACUCUUCUUACACUCCCCCUUUGAAAUACCAUUUCUAACGGCCGAAGGUAUGAUACGAGAAACAGUAUUACAAGGUCUGAACAAAGAAGUCGUUAUAAAUGCCAUGGAAGUCUAUAAUCAUCCAAGUUUGGAUAACAUUGAUAUGGAGGAGCGAAAGUGUCGCUUCUUUAGUGAACUCACCGAGCUGGGAAGGCAUUUGAAACUUUACAGUUUUUAUAGUUUCUCAACAUGUGUGGUGGAGUGUGCCUUCUCGAUACAUUUGAAAUUUUGCAAUUGCAGUAAUCACUUUUUGGCCAAGGAAGGAUCUCCACAUUAUCACAUGUGUGAUUACGAAGGCCUUAUGUGUCUAACGGAUUAUUAUUAUGAUAUAUUGGAAGAACGUCGCCAAUGCGAUUGCAUGAGCCCGUGUGAGGAACCGGAAUAUAAUAUUAUAUUUAAUUCUGCAGAGGAAAAUAAAAAGAAGAAGACAGACUUUACGAAAAUACGAGUAGGUCUGGCGGAAUUGCCCACUCUGCGCUAUGUGAGAAAAGUUUCAAAAUCAAAUUUGGAUUUAUUAAUUUCCCUUGGAGGAUUGGCUGGUCUAUUUUUCAAUGUCUCUCUAAUACGCAUUGUUGAGGUGGUAUUUCUCCUAUGGGACUUUAAGUGGAGAGCAAUAAGGAAUCUCUUGAAGUAGUAAAUUAACAUAGGUCUAAUAUAGUAUAAAUUAAUUACAAACAAAUAUAUUUUUGUACAAUUUUAUUACUACUCUAAAAAGUUUUCAAUUAAUUUAUUUUAAG